AUGGAGCUUAGGACUAUUAUGGAACUUAGGACUAGUAUGAAACUUAGAACUAGUAUGGAGCUUAGGACUAUUAUGGAACUUAGGACUAUUUAUAUGUUACAGUUUAAGCAGGUUCAGAUUGUGUCUUGGUCUGAUCUGAUCGUUAUGAUUGUGUCUUGGUCUGAUCGUGUCUUGAUGCUUGACAGAUGGAUAUUAGAAGAUGAGGAUGGUGAUUAUGAUGAUGAGCUUGGUUUGUUUGAUGUUCCUAUCGCUGAGAGAUUGAGUCAUAGAACAGAUCGAGGAACAGGAUGGACUUUUGAAGCUUUGUGCAAGAUGCUAGCUGAGCGAUAUGGAUUGAAAGAGACUCACCAUGUCUACCUUGAGGAAUCUGUGGCGAUGUUUCUCGAGACUGUUGGUCAAGAUAAGACGAAGCGGGAUAUUGCUGCAAGGUAUCAAAGAUCAUUGGAUACGGUCCAACGGAAGCUUGAUGAUGUUUUGAGUGCUAUUCUGAAGUUUGCGGAGGAUACAUUAAGACCACAAGAAGGCGAGUUUGGAAGAGUGAGUCCGGUUUUGAGGAAUGAUGAUCGGUAUUGGCCUCAUUUCAGAGAUUGUGUUGGAGCACUCGAUGGAACUCAUGUGCCGGUUCGCCCUCCAAGUCACAAUGCAGAAGCAUAUAAAGGUAGAAAGCAAGAUCCUACAAUGAAUGUUCUUGCUAUAUGUAACUUCGACAUGAAGUUCAUAUACGCAUAUCUCGGUGUAUCUGGUAGAGCACAUGAUACGAAGGUCUUGACUCAUUGUGCGAGGAAUGUGGCUUCUUUCCCACAUCCUCCUCCUGGAAAGUAUUAUCUAGUUGACUCCGGAUAUCCGACUUGGACGGGGUAUCUUGGUCCGCAUCGGAGUAUGCGAUAUCAUCUUGGUCAGUUUGCUAGAGGAGGACCACCCGUUAGUGCACGAGAGUUGUUCAACCGAAAGCAUUCAGGAUUGCGAUCGGUGAUUGAGAGGACAUUUGGAGUAUGGAAAGCAAAAUGGAGGAUUUUGGAUCGUAAGCAUCCAAAGUAUGGUCUGGUCAAGUGGAUUAAGCUUGUGACAGCGACGAUGGCUCUACACAACUUCAUACGCGAUUCACAUCGGGAAGAUCAAGAUUUUAAACCAAUGGCUGUCUAA